GCCAAACACCCCCAUAUAUAGUAUUUCACCCCAACAUACAAAAGCCAAAGUGUCUGUUUUGGCUUUCUAGUGUAAUAUUUUGAGAACCAAGCUAUGGCACCACAAGCAAAAGUUGAGCAUCAACAACGUCUAAUAAAGAUGAGUUUGUGCAUAUUUCUUGUGUUGGCUCUCUCUAGUGUAGCUGCCUCUCAGUCACUUGUCAAGUACUUGCCAGGUUUUGAUGGAGAGCUGCCCUUCAACCUUGAAACCGGAUACAUCGGCAUAGGGGACACGGAUGAUGUGCAGCUAUUUUAUUAUUUCAUUGAGUCGGAGAGAGACCCAGUGACUGAUCCUCUUGUCCUGUGGCUCACCGGUGGCCCUGGCUGUUCGGGUUUCUCUGCACUUGUUUACGAAAUCGGUCCAUUGUUGUUUGAUGUUGAGUCAUGGACUGGCCAAUUACCAUCUCUUAGAGUAAACAAAUACUCGUGGACAAAGGUUGCCAACAUAAUCUUUAUAGACCAACCUGUGGGAACUGGAUUUUCCUAUGCCAGAACAUCAGCUGGUUACAAUACUUCUGACACAAAGUCCGUGGCACAAAUCUAUAGUUUUCUCAGAAAGUGGUUGGUGUACCAUCCACAAUUCCAAACAAAUCCUCUCUACAUUGGUGGGGAUACGUAUUCAGGAAUUACUGUUCCGCUCCUCGUCCAAACAAUAUUAGAUGGUCUUGAUGAAGGGCUUGAGCCACUCAUGGGACUCCAAGGAUAUUUGUUGGGAAACCCAGUGACAGAUUCUUACAUCGAUGAUAAUUCAAGGAUCCCAUAUGUUCACCGGGUGAAUCUGAUAUCAGAUGAGCUUUACGAGGAUGCAAAAUUAUAUUGCCACGGUGACUAUGUUAAUGUACAAUUCAACAAUAGUUUAUGUGUAACGGCUCUUCUGGCAAUCAAACAUUGUCUGCUGCAAAUAAACCUAGUUCAAAUUUUAGAACCUCAAUGCGCUUUUUCAUCGCCUAGAAGAAUGGAAAUCGAAUGGGAUUUGAGAGUUCGAGAAGCCGAAACCAUAGAAUAUCUCGAUUCACUAAAUAAACUUCCUGAGCUAACUUGCAGGAGUUUUAGUUACAUGCUAUCCGACAAGUGGGCAAAUGAUAAAGCUGUCCAAAAGGCUCUUAACGUCCGAGAGGGAACAAUGAAUUAUACUAGUUGGAUGAGGUGUGCAAAAACCUUACCAUUCUAUACAGAAGAUGUCUCAAGUACCAUUGAUUAUCAUAAAAAUUUCACAAAGACCGGUCUUCGAGCUCUUGUAUACAGUGGUGACCAUGACGUUACUGUUCCAUAUAUUGGCACGCUGGAGUGGAUAAAUUCACUCGGAGUUCCUAUUUUUGAUCAAUGGCGACCGUGGUUUGUUGAUGGCCAAAUUGCAGGAUAUACGCAGAAAUAUAUGAAUGAUAACUAUCGCUUGGCAUACGCAACUUUAAAGGGAGCAGGAUACACAGCUCCAGAAUAUAAACGCAAGGAAGCCCUCAACUUGGUGGAUAGGUGGUUCGCUUAUUAUCCAAUCUAAUUGAGGGGUUGUGGAUUGAAAUAUAAUCCAUAUGUGGAUGUUCAAAAUAAUUGAAAAUUUGAAGUACUUAUUGAUAUAAUUCCAAAUUCAAAGUAAUUAAUGAACAUCUCGAUUGUUGUAUUUUGUAGCAUUUUGUGUGAAUGUUUAGAAUAAGAUGAGUUUUUUCUGCA